AUGGACGACUUUUCAAUGAAAAGUCGUCCCAUGGCAAUACAAGAAUUAUGUGAUAAUGACGAUUUUGCAUCGUCUAUCAUAGUCGAUCCUGUUUUAGGGUUCAAAACCCAUAAAAUGCAUCAAAAGUAAGUUCAAUGAUUUAUUUAUAACCAUAUGAAACAAUAGUUUUUCUUAUAUGAAUAACCAACCCAUGAUAAAUGUUUUCAGCUAUAUUGCACCUUCCGAAACAACCCAACUUUGUUGUUCGCAAUUCAUCAAAAAGUACAAUUAUGACUCGGAUCUCAAUUCUACCUUGAAUGUGAGUUUUUUUCUUUGUUGGGGGUCAAAAAAAAGAACGUUUUUUUCAGCAUAUUUUCUCCUUGGAUCAUGUGAAGCAAUACGUGGAAAACUUGAAACCGCAGGAGAGUUGUAAUUUUCGAAAUCAUGUGAGUAUAUUUUUCAAAAAUAACUGGGCUAAAAGCAGAUAAUCAGAUAUUCAGACUGUUUUUCAACAUUAUCAAAUUUGGAAAAUUGAAUGUUCAAAUACAAGCAAUUUUUCCAAAAAAAUAUCCUUCAAAUAAAUUUAACUGAAAAAUUACAGCUAAUCCGUUUCAUAAUGCUAUUCAAUAUCGACUCCGGAUUCAUAGUCCAGCCUUGUCAUAGAUAUUCGGCUGAAAAUUGCAUUGGCGUGAAAAUGAUCGCAACUCGUAGAUGGUUCAAAAAAGAUAUCAUCGAAUCCUUGGCAGGUGUCAUUGGUGAGAUGUCAGAGGAAGAAGAAGCUAAAAUUUUGAAAAAGGAUGUCAACGAUUUUUCAGUCAUGUUUUCAACCAGGUUAGUUAUCUUUUUUGAAUAAUUUUAUGUAUAUUCACAUAUUUUUCUAGGAAACAAAAAGCUCAAUUAUGGCUUGGCCCGGCUUCCUAUAUCAACCAUGAUUGCAAUCCAAAUUGUCGAUUCGUGCCGACUGGAGAAACUGCAAUAGUUCAAGUGAUUCGAGAACUUUCUCCAGGUGAUGAAAUCACUUGUUUUUAUGGUGAAAAUUUCUUUGGAGACAACAAUGAACGAUGUGAAUGUGUCACAUGCGAAAAGUUAGUUUUUUUUAUUUAUCAAUACAUAAAUUACUGUUUCAGAAACUGUAAAGGAGUUUUCAUGGAAAAAGCUGGUUUUUCUCAAGAAGUAUUUUCCAACGACACCAAAGAAGCCACCAAAGUUUGCUACGCACUUCGUGAGAAGCAUUCAAAAUCAUAUAAACAUUUCAAUUAUCAACGGGGAGAAAUAAUGACUCUUGAAUUGGAUAGAAUUCGAGCGUUUGAAUUUGCUCGAGAAAUGUUCGAUGAAAUGUUCCAAAAUAUCGCAAUGCCCGAACCUGAACCGGAUUCUGAAAAUCAAAAUGAAGAUACCCCAAGUCCAGAAUUUAUAAAAGAACCAUCUCCUGUCAAAAAACAUGCAGCUCUUCCGAAAACCACGCUGAGACGUAGAAGAUCUUCUCAACCUGCUCAACAAUCAGUACGAUUUUCAAAACGAAUACGAGGUAGUUUUUUUCUUGGAAAAGUUUUCUUUAAUUAUGUUAAUAUUAUUUCAGGUCUUCGUGCCGAAUCUCCCGAACAUUGCGUGAUUUCCGAAAUCUUAUCCUCAGUCAUCGAACAAGUCUCAAAAACCUUAUCCUAA